AUCAGCAUAAAAUCACUACAUAGGUUACCCCCUAAGACAAAUAACACCCGAUCCCAAGGUUAGGGCUCGACAGCUGAAACCUUUUAGUUAAAGCCCAUCAUAAGAAGAGAUACCUGGAAUAAUAUCUCUUUACUUUUUCAGGUGUUCCCUUCCCUUUUUUUAGCUUUUGAGUUAGUAACUAUGUAACAGUUGAAAGACACAAACAAAAAGAGAGAAAGAAACUUCAUACUGAUUUCUCGAGUUAAUAAGCAUAUGUAUGUAUGUCUGCAUGCAUGCAUGUAUGUACGUGUCUGAUAUAGACCAUCCCAUCCUUUUACCUUUUCCUUCUUUUUCAUGCAACUUUUCUUCCUAUUUGGGCACCUCCUCUUGCUUGUUGUCUCCAACAACCCAAUUCCUCCUUUCUCAAGUUUUCUUAUAUUCCCAACACAUACCUCUCUUUCAUUCCAUUCUCUCUUCAAUGCAAGAAACCUAUGAUUCUUCACACUUUGUAUAUAAACUCAAGGCAGCGAAUGGAGAUAGUUUCUUCAUCCAAACACCAUCCCGGACUCUCCUGCUCAAUACAACCCGGUUUAUUGUACCGUUGCGAGCAUUGUGUUUUCCAAGGAGGUCGCCAUGGGUGCCAGAACACUUCAGCAUGCCAUGUUCUUUCUCCUCUGUGUUUCCGUUAUCUCAGAUGCAAGCAAUUCAGAAAAAACGUCCUCAAAAGCAAUCAAAGAAAGCAAAAAACUGGACUAUCAAGAAAACGAAAUGCUCUUCCCCCCUCUCACAGUUACCACCCAAAGAGAUACGGCUCCAGGAAACGUUCCUAUUGUGAAUCCAACAACCCCAGGUACAUCUCCUAUCGUAAAUCCAACCAGCCCACCGCCGCCAACCACCACAGGGCCAAACCCAACCACCCCCACAACAUCUGGUGGGGCUUGGUGCGUAGCCAAUCCCACUGCUUCCCAGACUGCUCUACAGGUAGCUCUGGACUAUGCGUGUGGCUAUGGAGGAGCAGAUUGUUCAGCAAUUCAACCCAGUGGAGCUUGCUAUGAACCAAACACAGUUCGUGACCAUGCCUCUUAUGCUUUCAACGACUACUACCAGAAGAACCCAAUUCCCACAAGCUGUGUUUUUGGAGGAACAGCGCAGCUCACUAACACCGACCCAAGCCAUGGGAACUGUAAAUAUGCAUCAUCCACCAGCACUCCGACAAUAACACCCCCAUCAACACCCACAGUUCCAAUGACACCACCCAGCACAACUACGCCAGUCAAUCCUUACUCACCAGGAGGAAAUGGUUAUGGUUCAGAACCAGGGACAGGGUAUGAUUAUGGUUCUGGACCAACGGGU